ACGGAUUUGCCACCCUUUAUCAUACGUAUGCGUAUGUGGGACAGCUAUGGCACAUAUGUGCCGAUCAACAAACAAACAAGUGUUACAACAGGUCAGCCACCUCCGCCGCCGCCUGUUGCUUCAUCGGCAGAUGGUGGUAAACCGACAUUGUUGGAUCCGGCCACUUACGGCAACAGUUACUAUUACAGUCCACAAAAUCCCAAGCUGGGAAAAAAUGUACGUGUCAACAUUGAUAAUGCCUGGAAUCCGGUGGAUACCUACAUCUAUGGACCGACACAGUCGAGUGUCUUUAAUCAAGAGAAUAAAUACAGUGGUUAUCAGCAGCAAGGCGGCGGCGGUGGUAGUGGCGGCAAGCAAUCUGGUGGUAAUGGCAUAAAUGCGGUAAAGGAAAGCUUAAAUUAUAUUUCAAGCAGCAAGAGUGGCAAAGAUUCCGGUCAAAGUAGUGGCGGUGGUGGUGGCGUUGGUAAUGCCAUGGCCCUGAUGAGCACCAAGGGAAAACGGCGUUUAAUGUUGGAAAUUUACGAUUAUUGGACACCUAAACUAUGCGAUCAUACGGCAAUUAGCAGUACAGGCAAUACAUUGGGUCUUAAUCGUCUGCGUCCGUGUAGUCCUUUGGAAAGUUAUGUUAGCACCGGCAGAGAUUUGAAAUUGGAAUUCCACACCCAUACUGGCACCGCACUAUUUCCAGCACAAUUCUCCCUCAACUAUGAAUUUGUCGAUACCGAACAGGGCGGUGAACCAUGGCCGGGACGACGUGGAGAAGAGCCAGUACCACCAUUGUGUUCAAGAGUAUUUCGAAAACGUAAGGGUAACAUUCAAGUACCGCGCAAUGUCUUCCUUUACGGGAGGGGAGGUGCGAAAAAUCUUACAUGUUUAUAUCGUUUCGAAGCUGGCCCAUCGGAAAGAGUACGUCUCGUUUUGCACAAUGUAUCCUUUGGUGAGGGUACAACUUGUACCACCGACAACGAUUUACAUACCGGACGACCAAAAUGUAAUCAAUUGGAUCCGGAUGGACGUAUUACCGAACUGAAGCUAUACGAUGUACCCUUUCGGGAUGUUAAAAUACAAAUGGGUUGUUUUUGUGAUAAUUCAUCAGCAUUAUACAAUAAUGCACCAUUGACAUUCAUAUCGAAUUCAAGAAUAAUGGAGCUGACAUUUACCGUUACAAGAUUAAAUAUUUCCGAAGAUUUUGCCGAUGUCAAUUUCUUUGCUUCGUAUGAAUUUAAACGUGUCAGUGAUUGUCGUAAACGUCUGAAAUUGAAGGGUGCCGGUGGUGAAGAUGAAAUUAAAUAUCCAAUGAAAUCACAAGAUUCUAGCUGUGAAGGCCUCUCGUGGUAUAUUGAGGCUCAAUCGUUAGAUAAAUCGUUGUUUGUACAAACAUGGGGCUCUUAUCUGCCCGUUGAUCCCACCUCAGAAGAUGCUAUGCGCUGCCAUACGAAAAAUCGUCUUAUGAUUUAUUCGGGACGUCCGUUGAAACCGAUGCGGGUGGUGUGUCCGGCACAAAGUGGACCACGACCGACAUCGCUGCACAUAUUCUCAGAGGAUUGGAUGAAUGGCCAGCCGUUGUUCAGUAACAAGCCGGUUAGUUUGGUAUUGGAGCCCAUAUUAAAGGAACCCGGAGAUAUUGCCUUCACAUGGCUGGAGAUUUAUCGUACGAAAAAUGCAUUAUUACAACAAUUUGAUUUGCAAAGCAAUACAACAACCACCAGUACAGUGGGUGGUGGUGCAGGAGGUACCGGUACGAGUAGUAGUGGUGGAGGCGGUGGUGUGAUUACCACAACCGGCACCAGUGGCAACGAUACGCUAAGUGAUUUUGGAUUCUAUCCAAAAGAGUCAGACUGUGAAUAUAAAUGUCCUGAAAUUGAUGCAUGUAUAUCUGCCACAUUGUGGUGUGAUGGUCAUCACAAUUGCCCCUCAGGUUUCGAUGAAUCCGAAGAGGAAUGUGGUACAGCACGAAAACUGCUCGAACUGCCUGGCGGUGUAUUUGCAGCGUUGGGCUGUAUAGCGGCGGCGAUAACCGCCUGCCUGAUAUUCUGCAUAUUUGGCUUACUGAGAAAACGUAAGAAAACUGUAUUACAAAAAUCUAUUAUUAAUGGUGGUACUUUGAAAAAGGAUUUCAAAAAAGACUCGCUCUUUAUUGAUCCGUCUUCCUGACACGGGCUGCAGCCGGUCGAAUAUAUACAUGUCGAUCGGGAGACCACAGUGUGAUGUGAUGCCAGCAACGAGGCCAGCAUGGAAAGACGAAGAAUUGUUUUAUUAGUAAUUCUAGGUACUACUAUAUAAAAAAAAUUAAUUAAAAA